AUGUCGCACUCGCAAUUAAGACAACGCCUACGCGUACCACCUGAAUCUGAACUUGAAACAGUCAGUCAUUCUGUAGCCUAUGAACAAAAUGGAAAGAAAUAUUUACAAUGGUCAUUAAUUCCACUCAAACAAUACAACUUUUCAGUUCAAGCUGACAUCAAAUUAGAUGGAAUUUAUUUACAAGAAACAUUAUUAGAUUUAGGUUUUAAGGUGCAGAUAUAUGAAGACUUAACAGCAGUACAAAUUGUGACCUGUUUGGAAGAUGCUCUUACCACUGAUCAUUCAAAUUCUGAUUGUUUGGUGAUUAUUCUUUUAUCAUGUGGUAAUGAUAAAGAACUCGUUUACGCUAGUGAUCAUGCUAUGUCAAUUGGUUUUUUGACGUCACAAUUUAAACUAGCAUCAACGACAUUGAGUGGGAAACCGAAAAUAUUUAUUUUACCAAUACUUCGUAGUCAACAUCUUACAGAAUUAAUGAACAAACAAAUAGCAUUUGUUGACGAUAAUGAAACACCCAUAGUAGAUGAUUUUCUUAUGGUUUAUUCAACUCUGCGGGGUGAGUAG